UGCAAAGUUUAGGCAGUCGAAUUGCGCAUCGCGCCCCAAGCUCGUGGUCAUGAGUAGUUACAUCGUGUCAUAGUAAAAGUAUAUUCAGCUAUUAUUAAUUUGAUUAUUAUUAUUUGACAUUUGUUAGUUUCGUGUAUUAUACGUCCACGGACCUUUUGUUAGCCAUUUCAUCGAUUCUGUCUCUGAUCUUGUCGGAUCUCUGGAUCUUCACGUUGAUCCUGUUCUUCCUAUUUUCAUCUGACAGGAGCGAAAUCGCACUCCAAAUUCAAGGUAAUAGCCACGAAAGAAUCGUUCCACCUCAUGCUGCUUCCAUAUACCCUCCCUCUCCCCCACCGAAGGAAAGCACUCCGAAGAAAGGUCAUCACUCAGUGGCAAAAAUAUAUUUGCUGGAAAAGUAGAGCUGCCUACUUUCAGCUGUUGGGAGCUCUCUUCCCUUGACUGGUCUGGGCAUUUACCAAGAUCAACCCUUGCUUUUGAUUUGUCAUCAAGGAAUUAUUGGAUCUCUAAGAAGCAGAGAAAAUCUGGAUGUGGUAGUCAAGGAAUUUGGAGUAUGCAUCUAUAGUGUUCAUCCAAAGCUGAGGUUUCAAUCUUGAAUUUUCUCUGUAAGUUGCUGAAUAGUCUGCCCGGCUGGACCUCUUUUUGCUGUUUGUAUGUCUGCAGUAGCACUUUUACUUUUUCCAAUAGAGAAAUCAAAACUUAAAAUAUUUUAUCUCCCUUUUUACCACCCGUAAGUAGUCAAUAUGAAGGAAAUUUCUUUCACCUCAAUUACAAUUCAAUUAAUUUUCAAGUAUCAAAUAUUACUAUUUUGCAUUGACACUGUAGCUGAAGAAAACUUUUGAGCAUAACAUGGAGCAAAAAAAAUUUGAAAGUAUUUUUCCAGCAAUUGCCUCAAUAUUUGGGGGCUCCUUUUUAACCCAUAAAAAUGACCCUUUCUCAGAGCCUGAUAAACGUGAACAAAUAUUAGUUACACUGCUCAGCUGCUAUUUGGAAAGUGAACUAUCAAAGUCUGGAAAAGAAGGCCCGUGCAGUUCUUUUAAAGGUCAACUCUAUGCUGUCAGCAAGUUAUUAAAACUAUGGUCAGAGGACCUGAGCGUCAUUCACAAAAUCAGGAACCACAAAAGUCAAGAUGGCAGAAGAAAAGAGGCAAGAAAAAUGGCUCAAAAUUUACUGAAGAGAAUUCAAAAUUUUGAAAAUUGUACAAUUAUUCCGAGUGGCUUAAUAUCAGCGUCUUAUUGUCACAAAGUCAUGAAAGACAUCACUGGAUCUCAUGAUCAAGCUAAUAUCGCUAUUUUGAAGAAACAUAGAAAGAACAAGCAUAUUGAUUGGAUUCAUGUCAAUCCUGGUAGCCCUUAUCACCAACAAUGCAAGGGUCUUGCUGGUGAAAAUAUAAAAUCUUUCCUUGAAAUCACUGAUAUAAAUCCCGAUGAUAUCACAGAAGACUUUUUGUUCCUAUUAGUGGGCUUAAAAGCAAUCAAACCUGGGGAGAAAUUUUAUUAUAAAGAAGUGUCGCUGUAUGAGUGUCUGUUGGUAUUUUUAAAUGGCAAAACAAUUUUGCAAUCAUACAAUGACGAAAGUUUCAUGCCUCAUUCUCCUAUAUCACCUGCUCAUACGUGGCUGGUGAUCGAUCAGGCAUUUAAAUAUCUCUUAAAGCACUUUAUUGGUGACGCAUAUUAUGCUCCCUAUCAAACAUUAAUCACUGGCUUCAAAAUAUCCUUAGUUGAAAAAAUGUUGGUUUCUUAUCGGAAUCAAGAGACACAGCUGGCUCAUUUUUUACUACAAGAAAUGUGCCAUGAAUUAGCGCAACAAGCACUUGAUCAUGGCAGUAUGGAACAAAAAGAUUUUUCACGGAAAUUGAUCGAUAAAAUUAAAGUAUUCACCAAAGACAGGUGUAUUCGACUAACAGCAUUGGCGAGUCAAGGAUCUCAAUUGCAUGGACUUCAUAUUUUAUCGCUCAGGUUCCCUAUGCCAUGCUUAACAGAACUCGCUGCUUCUUCGGAAAGUCUCGAUUUACCUACUUUGAAACUUGAGCCUGUUUUUUUGAAGCCUAAAAACGACGAUGACAUAAUGGUCUAUUUGAACCAUUUUACAAGCGGCUUCGUUAACCAGUUAAUAAAGUCAAAUGACUUAGUUGAUGUAGCAUUACUUAGUUACGGCAUCGAAGUAUUCUUUAUUGAUUAUCUUGCAAACACCAGUAUUUUGAAAACAUCAGAUACCUCUCAGUUUUCAAGUGAUGAUACCCUUUUAGCAAAAAUGUUAUUAAAUCUUGCUAAAAUUUUCUACAACUGUCAAGGACAGUUAAUCAGUCACUUGUCAUGUUUGCAAUACCAACCUUAUUUUUUUGCCAAGAACGUAAUCAUUCAGUUUUUUGUGUACGCAUCUAUUACUGCUCUGAAUUUACGAGACAAAGUAAUCAAAGGUCCAUUAACAAAGUACAAUUUAAGUGUAGCUGUAAGUGACACUGUUUCUUUACAUGAAAUCAUACCUCAUCUUGUGAUUCCUAAUGAAUCAUGGCUAAAAGUUCUAUUCUCUACUGAAUCCUUUUUCAUGCCAAAAGAAGACUGUGAAACAUUAUUUUCACAUAGUAAAUUUCAGAACUCAGAUUUUUCUUUUGAAAUUAGUAAUGAUGCUGCAACAGAAGAUAUUGAUGUCCAAUUUGCCCUUUGUUUACUUCUGAAAUAUCCGGAUUCUUAUUCUCGUUUUGAGAAAGAUCAUCGCCAUCUAUGUUUUGAAAAAUACAACAGGAUGUGGCAAAAACUUGCUUACACUGAUGUGUACUUGCCAUCAGUCUAUGAUUCACUAUCAAAAGCAGCUCAUUUUGCAAAAGUCUCCUUGAUAAAUGCUCCUUCAUGGAAUAAGCAUAAUUGCACUGGAGUAGAAUGGCAUUUUACCAAUUCUUCAUACUUUGAAGAGCCCCAAUGGGUUGUAAACAGGACUGAGUUCUGGCGCUCGAUUGUCAAGCUUAAAGUAGAUAAUAUCACUGUAAGUACCAAACCUAACUCGAACCCGUUGACAAGUUAUUCCGUCAAAGUUGGCUUCAUGAAAAGCCAGUGCCUGUAUCAGCGACUGAUUAUUCAAGAAGAAAAUAUAUUUAAGGCUCACAAUCAUUUUACCGAAGAUGGUGUCUCAGAAGAUGCAGAGGAGGAACCCAUUAAUAUCUGUCAUCUUACCGAAAAUGAGGUAAUAGCAAGUCAAAAUCUGAAACCUCAUUUCAUGGACCGUAAUCGUUACAUGCAGUUGGGGUUCUUGCAGAGUGUCCCUCUGCUAAAAAUUGAACGCCUGUACAUUGCGCUGAAAGACCUGCAACUGGAUAUUUGCUGUGAGGAAGACUGCGUCCUUAUCAAGCAAACUCUUUUUGAAAUAAGUGCCCUGCGGAAAAUAGGAGUUGGGUCUUGUGGUUUACUACAGUGGACAGUAGACAAAAAUCCUUCUUUAAUUCAUCAAUUAGGUUUACUUUUCAUCGAAAAAGCACUAGUAAUGCGACAUCGUUUGACUCAACAUCAAGCACUAGGUAAUAUUCUUGAAAUAUGUGUAGGAUUACUGACAUUUUAUCCUGUAGAAUUUAAAGAUGAAUUUGUGGAGUGCUUGGUGAAAAUAUAUUACUUACUAAAAGAAGUUUUAGUGCAGCCUCCUAGCCACCUCAGUGAUUCCACGUUGCUGCAUCUCAAUGCAUAUUUAAUUACUAGUGUACAAGUGAAACCUGCAUUACUGGAAACAGAAAUGCUGACAGUAUUAAAAGCUUUGUUUACCAUUCAGAACUAUAAAGCAAAGGGAUUAAGUCUGAAUAAUGAUGUUUCACUCAAAAUGUACGUGUCAAGUUUCAAAUGGUGUUCGAGUUUCCAGCAUCACCUCGAGCAAAACCCAAUACUUCUCAAUAAUCUAAUUGCAAACGUUAAUCCUCAGUGGGACGAGAAGAAGACGUGGCACAAGAGCAAGUUUGGUUUGAUGUUUUUUUGCCAAGAAUAUUCAGUGAAACCUUUGUUUGGCAGCAUUUACUUCCAAAAUAGGCCUAUCACAGGGCUACCUGAGGGUAUAUAUAAACAUAGAAUUUUCAAAGCUUAUCUUGGUCAGGUAAAUUUUUCAGUGAUGCCAGAUUCUCAAGAAGUAGAUGGCCAUGUCUUGCCUUGCUUUCUGUCAGUAAGUCAUGAACCCAAAACCAGGUUAACUCUAAUUAAAGAUAAUUUGUUGAUCGAAGAAUUUAUCGAAAAUAGCUAUCAGCUAUACAUCCCUGCCGAAGAAUUACUGCGCAAAGAUGCUUAUCCUGCUUUAUUCCGUAAAUCAGCUGAUGGGAAUCACUUAUUUUCACAUUGGCUCAGUAGUGACCGAAAAUUACUUUUUGUGAAAGAUCAAAAUCGCAAUGUCCUUUACAAAUGGGACUUGAAGACCAGUUUUGUUUAUUCUUUGAAACAAGAAGGGUUCAUUGUCCCUUGGAGCCAAUUAAAAGACUCCACGUUCAAACAAUGGCUUCAGUGUGUUGAAUCAUUUAGCUGGAUCGAAGUUAUUGCUCAACAAGCUCCUAGUAUUUCAGCUCAUAUUACAGCCUUACAUUUUCCACGUCUGGCUUUACAUUUUUACAAAAAAGAGAGUAAAUUUUAUUGUAAACAGAUACAUGGCUACUCUCUUGCUGAGAAACAGAGCAUUCAUUCUCUGGAUGGAUUUUUUAAUUAUUUUGUACUAGAAAAAGAAGAACCCAACUCCACAGCUCUGAAAAUCAAAGUGCUUAUUCCGCAUCGCAAAGUAGAACCUGGUGGUCAUUUCUAUAACAAGACGGUAGUCGCAACCCUCAAUGAAGUUGAGACUCCAUCGUACUUUGUUUACGAUUUUGAUUCAAAGACAGGCCUAUUGAAAUGUCAUCAUACGCGUGCUCAGCUUUACCUAGCUUUGCUGUAUUACUGUUCCUCUUCUCUAGAUGAUCACGAUGCAUCCAAUAUCAAUGCCUAUCAUCUGUCAAGAAAAAAUUUGGAGGCUUGUUGGAAAGAUGAACCUUUUGAUAAUGUAGAACUGAACAUUAUUGCUCAAUUCUUAGAUUCUAGAAGAAUGCGAGAUUUUCACCCUAAUCGAAUUGCGCUUUAUUUGAAAGUUGUAUCUCUGUUGACGAGCAGUGUACGACUUUCAUUUUUGUAUACUGACAAGGCAAAUCUCGAGAAUAAAAAUGACAGUGAUAAAUUAUUGAACAAAUGUGAUAAGUACCUGCCAUUUUUGAUCUCACAGUAUAUAAAUCAUAAAUCAACAAUUUUUUCAGUUAUCAGACUUAGUCGUGAAGAGGAGGAGGAAAUUAUGGAUAGAUGCCCUGGUUUAUUUGAAGCUUACAAACAAUUGUACUUUAAACGAAAGCAGUGGGUAGACUUAUCAGUGGAGUGUAAUAAGUCGUACAAAGAUCACUAUGGGAAGUUAUUUGCUAAAGAUUCCAUGGUCAAAACUUCUUUCUUGCAACUCUUCACUUCAAACAUUUCAUAUUUCCGAUUCACUCUUGCAGAAGAUGAAAUAGAUUUCUCAUCAGGUUUUGAUGGAAUAUUGCUCAGUAGAUUUGAUUUAAACCAUUUCAUCCCACUUUACAAGCUUGCAAAGUAUUCCCUCAUCUCCGUGGAGAAGUAUCAGUAUUUAUUGCAUCAUAUGGUACUCAGGGCUAAAAUUAAUUAUUCGCAAUUUCCAGAAAAGCUUGUAAUGAUGUUGGCCCGUGGGCUCCUUCUUGUAGCUGAAAAUUCAGUCCUGUUCCCUCAUCCCCCCUCUUGGUUUGGAGUAAAUGAAGAUUCUGUAGAUGUAAGCGACCGAUGUAUUACCGAACACAAUGUAGUACGUGCUUUUGGAGGUUUUCAUUGGAAUCCAAGAAAGAAGUAUAAAAAUUGGGAAGAAGAAAAAGCAGAAGAAAGGAAAGCAAAAGCUGAUUACGAACAGGAAAAUUCAGAAAUUUGGUCCAAUUUAUGGAGAUAUGAUCUAGACAAUGAAGGCAUACCGAACAAACAUUGGAAAAAUUGUCAACUUCUUUAUGAAAGUUUUGUCACUUUCAGAGAUUCAAGCAAGCGGGGAGACGUCAGAAAACUUUAUUUAAAAGCUGCAUUUAAUGAUUCCAUGUUUAAAUUUUUUGUUCAGGUUUUAUCAUUGUGUGACCAACUUAAAGACCAAUCUACAAUGUCUUGGAGUAUAGCCUCCUUUAUUGACAGUUCACUGACAGUGAGACUGCUCGCAGAAAAAUACACAACAUUCACGGUGAAACCUGUUAGUUGGGAAAAAUGGACCAUUUCUCAAAAGCCGCUCAUAGCUUUGAGGAAAUAUUUUGUUGCUGAACAGCAAGUGGCUCGAAAAGAAGAAUUUUUAUUCGAAGCCCAACUGAAAGAGCCAGCAAAUGAGUAUCAGCGUCAAUUCUGUGAAGAGCUGAAGAAGAGUUGGUUGAUUUACCACAACGAGACCCAAUCCAGUUAUACUUGGCUCAAUCAGCAGUGUAGCAGUACUCUUGAAAAAGCAUUGCAAAAGAAACACGAACAGCUUUCCCUAGAAGCAGUGGAAAUUUGGGAAAUAAUCAAAGAGCAAUUGGAACAGCGGCCUAACAGUGAGUCUGACGACUACUUUGCUCUGCGUUGGCAUAGUGGAAAAGUAAACCAUUAUCAAAAGGAAGACAUCUUAAGAUUGCUAGUAGAGCCAGAAAAACUUGGAGCCUAUAAUCCAGAUUGCAUUGAAAAACAUGAUUUCAUCAUCAAAAAAUUGUUACAAUAUGUAAGCCUAGAGAUCAUUGUUGCAAAAAUAAAUCGGGACUUGGCUCUCCUAGAACAAUUAAAAAAAUGCAAAGGUGAAGACGAACAGUUUUCUGUGUUGCAGAGUCUGGUUAGUAGCUUAGAAGAACAAAUUAGUCCUUCCUGCUUUCGUCAUCCUCAUUGGUUCCUGUUUCAAUAUGAAAAUGAGAUUAUUAUCCGUGAGAAUCAACAGGAGCUCAUUGAAGCCAUGUUGAAAGAAAACAAAAAAACAAUGUAUCAGCUCAACAUGGGGGAGGGUAAGUCAUCAGUCAUUCUACCCUUAUUGUGCAGUAAUCUUGCAAAUGGCCGGCAAGUACUCCGCAUCAAUGUUCUGUCAGCUCUAUUGGUAAUAAUGAAAAACUCUUUGCAUCGGUGUUUUACUGGUUUGAUAAAGAAACGUGUUUACACUUUACCUUUUCAGAGAGACACAGACAUUUCUCCAGCGAAUUUAAAAUUGAUUCUCGAUGUUCUCAAAAGAUGUCUAAAAGACCAACAUAUUCUUCUUGUCACACCGGAAUUCCGCCUAUGUUUGCAGUUGAAAUUAAGAGAAUUGAUGCUUGAAAAUCAAGAGCAAAUGCAGGCAACAGGUUUAUUCAACUGGGAUACUUAUCGUCAAAGAGUGCCUCGAAAAAUAGAGGAAUAUAAUGAUUUGGAAAAAUCUCAAGUGGAGCAGUUGUUGAGAAAACAAGACGCGUGUCUACGUGCAUGUUUACAGGCUGAACGAUAUCUUAACAAUGAAGAUACCAUUCUUAAAGUUCCACCUCGAGGACAAGGCGCCAAAAAAUUCGCUCAAUAUAAAGAAACUAUCAAUGACCCGACAUU